AUGGUCCGCAACUACGGCAUGGAAGAGCCUCUCUUCGUGAUUGUCAUCACCUUCCUCGCCCUGGCCUGGGUCACUUGUUUUCUCCGCGCCUGGGCCAAGCUCGUCGUCCUCCGCAAAGUCACGGCCGAUGACUACCUCAUGCUCUGCGGAAUGGUCUUCUACACCGGGUACGCGGCGUCCGCUCUCUACGGAGUGACACAUGGAAUCGGCACACUAGGCGAGGGCAUGUCACUUGAGGAGGCUUCGAUCGGCCUGCGUGCUUGGUGGCUCUGCGAGAUGCAAUACGCGCCCGUCACACUCUGCGUCCGCACAUCGGUGGCCGUUUUCCUCCUUCACAUCGCUGUCCAACGCGUUCAUCGCCGCACCAUCAUCGCCGUGAUAGUAGCCUUUUGGGUUGUUACAAUCCCCCUGUUCUUCGUGGCCAUUUUCCAAUGCCGGCCCAUCUCCUACUUCUGGAUGCAACCCUUCCCAAGCGUCCCGCGCGGCACCUGCGUGGACGGGCGAGUCAUAUAUAUCGUGUCUGUCGUGCACUCCGUCACAAGUGCCUGCUGUGACUGGACACUCGGCAUCCUUCCUGUUUUCAUGCUCUGGAAGGUGCGACUCAACGUGAAGACCAAGCUCUCACUCUUUAUGCUCCUUAGCAUGGGCGUUUUCGCUGGCAUAGCUCUCAUCGUUCGAGUCGUCUACGUCCGGCCAUUUGAGGUUUCUGUCAACUUCCUCUUCGAGACCCUUAAUGUUGCCAACUGGUCCAUCCUAGAGCCUAGCAUUUGCAUCAUCGCCGGCUGCCUAGCCACUCUCCGUCCUAUCUUCAGCUGCUGUGGUUGGAACAGGGAUACGCGGCACUCAAUAAGGACGCCUGUCUGGUGCCAAAAUACAAGCUCCCGCUACCGAACCCCCAACAAAUGCAAGAACAGCCGAACCAUCGGCGGCCCCCUCGACCCCGUAUCCAAUGGCAACAAACAGGUGCUUUCUAAACCCUCAUGGCACGUUCACGGCCUCCGGCGCUCACCCCGGCUAACAAUGGAUGAGGAGUGCACGGAAUACGAGCUGAUGGUGAACAACGAGAAGGACAAGCACUUCGCCACGGACAGAGUGUGUGACAUGGAAGACCAAGCUGACAGACGGGCGACCCACCUUGGCCUGGGUGACGAGGUGUAUGACGAUGUUGAUCUUGGAACCCCUGUGACCAAGCAAAAUCACAUCCGUCGGUCGUUGGCAGCCAACGCGUCUAUCAACUCCGGCCAGUCAGUCCGAUUCUCCACUCCAUCCUCCCUGGGCACUCCGUUGCGGUCCCAGCAGCAGGUCAACCGCCUGUCACAGUGGAUUGAUUCACAUGGGCAGCAUCCACUGGCAUCCUCGCCAGUAGCGGCGUCUCCUCUCUCAGCACACGCUCGGGCAACACCGCCUUCGCCGCCUCCGCCUGCUCCCAUCAUGUCACCAUCACCAUGUCAUAUCUUUGUUAAGCAGCACACUGUUGUUGAGUACAAGGACUCACCGAAGUCAUCCGGCACCCUUCCUUCGCUUCCUAUGAGCGCCAAAAUCCCGCCAAUGCCUGAGCUUCCUCGGGACACUACGAUGAGUUCGAUCGCCACCGAAAAAUCAUUCGAAGACUGUGCAUUUGGCGAGCAUUCAGUGAAGAUUUCUGGGCCAAGCACGAAGCUCUGA